CCUCACCCCCGCCCCGCGCCGCCGCGUCUCCAGGGCUCCCGGCAACUAGCUUGGAAAGGGCUUCCCUCGCGCUGAGGAGCGACCGGCCGGCGCGGAGCAGGCGCGGCGCGUGUGGAGAGAGCCGCGGAGCGGAGAGCGGGCCCGGGCGGCGCCGGAGUGGACUCUGGUCCCGGGAGCGCGGUCGGCGCCGGAACGCGGACCCGGAGGCACCGGAAUGCAAACAAAGCUCGCGGGCGCCCGUGCAGGGCUCUUCACGGAGCCCGGAAAGUUUGUUUUAUGAUGGCUUGAGAGCGCGAGAGAGUCGGGCGAGGAGGCUCGAGUAGCUCGCUCCCGCGCUCCGAGAGAUGCUUCUCCCGUGAGCCCGCCGCUCCGGGGGCUCGUGCUGUGGGGGCACCUGUCUCUCGUUUUAGCAGUUUUCUUUUUCUUUUCUUUUUCUUUUUUCUUUAAUUUGAAUUUUUCUUUCGAGGAGGGGCUGUAACUCAUCAUGUCGAAAGUGAUCCAGAAGAAGAACCACUGGACUGGCCGCGUUCACGAGUGCACCGUGAAGCGGGGACCCCAGGGCGAGCUGGGGGUGACGGUGUUGGGGGGCGCGGAGCAUGGGGAGUUUCCGUACGUGGGGGCGGUGGCGGCGGCCGAGGCGGCGGGGCUUCCCGGCGGUGGCGAGGGGCCGAAGCUGGCCGAAGGUGAGCUGCUGCUGGAGGUGCAGGGGGUCCGGGUGUCCGGCUUGCCCCGCUAUGACGUGCUGGGAGUCAUCGACAGCUGCAAGGAGGCCGUCACCUUCAAAGCCGUCAGACAAGGAGGAAGACUCAACAAGGACCUUCGACAUUUCCUCAACCAACGGUUCCAGAANGGGUCUCCGGAUCAUGAGCUCCAGCAGACCAUAAGGGACAACCUCUACCGCCAUGCUGUGCCUUGCACAACCCGGUCUCCCAGAGAAGGAGAAGUGCCUGGCGUGGAUUACAGCUUUCUGACUGUGAAGGAGUUCUUGGACCUCGAGCAGAGCGGGACCCUGUUGGAAGUCGGCACCUAUGAAGGAAACUAUUAUGGGACACCCAAACCUCCCAGCCAGCCAGUCAGUGGGAAAGUGAUCACGACGGAUGCCUUGCACAGCCUGCAGUCUGGCUCCAAGCAGUCGACCCCUAAGCGAACAAAGUCCUACAAUGAUAUGCAAAAUGCUGGCAUAGUCCACCUGGAGAAUGAGGAGGAGGAGGAUGUCCCUGAAAUGAACAGUAGCUUGACAGCCGACUCUGGAGACCAGGACGAGCACACUCUCCAAGAAGCAACGCUCCCGCCUGUGAAUAGUAGCGUCCUCGCUGCUCCCAUCACGGACCCUUCUCAGAAGUUCCCUCAGUACCUACCUCUUUCUGCAGAGGAUAAUUUAGGUCCUCUACCUGAAAACUGGGAGAUGGCCUAUACUGAAAAUGGAGAAGUCUAUUUCAUAGACCACAACACGAAAACAACAUCAUGGUUAGACCCUCGGUGCCUGAACAAACAGCAGAAGCCUCUGGAAGAAUGUGAAGAUGAUGAAGGGGUACACACCGAGGAGCUGGACAGUGAANUAGAGUUGCCUGCUGGCUGGGAAAAGAUUGAAGACCCUGUCUACGGUGUCUACUAUGUAGACCACAUCAACAGGAAGACGCAAUAUGAAAACCCAGUCCUAGAAGCCAAAAGGAAGAAACAGCUUGAACAGCAGCAGCAACAGCAGCAGCCUCAGCCACCGCAGCCAGAAGAGUGGACAGAGGAUCAUGCAUCUGUUGUGCCUCCUGUUGCUCCUUCCCAUCCCCCGAGCAAUCCGGAGCCAGCCAGGGAAACUCCACUUCAGGGCAAACCUUUUUUUACAAGAAACCCCUCUGAGCCUCUCCUAAAUGAGGGUGAAAGGGAUGUAAUUGUGAGUGUGAAUGACACCUGUGUUUUGGGACACACACAUGCUCAAGUUGUGAAAAUCUUCCAGUCCAUUCCCAUUGGUGCCAGUGUGGACCUUGAACUCUGCAGAGGUUAUCCAUUGCCUUUUGACCCGGAUGACCCUAAUACAAGUUUAGUGACCUCGGUGGCCAUUUUGGACAAAGAACCAAUUAUUGUAAAUGGACAAGAAACCUACGAUUCACCAGCGAGCCACAGUAGUAAAACAGGCAAAGUCAGCAGCAUGAAGGAUGCCAGGCCAAGCAGCCCUGCUGAUGUGGCUUCCAACAGCUCUCAUGGUUAUCCCAACGACACAGUCUCCUUGGCUUCCUCCAUAGCCACCCAGCCAGAGCUAAUAACUGUUCACAUAGUCAAAGGGCCAAUGGGAUUUGGCUUUACGAUCGCAGAUAGUCCCGGUGGGGGUGGCCAAAGAGUGAAACAGAUUGUUGACAGUCCACGCUGCAGAGGUCUCAAAGAAGGGGAUCUUAUCGUGGAGGUGAAUAAGAAGAACGUGCAGGCCCUGACNCACAAUCAAGUCGUGGAUAUGCUGAUUGAAUGUCCCAAGGGAAGUGAGGUCACACUGUUGGUGCAGCGAGGAGGGCUACCAGUUCCCAAGAAGAGCCCAAAGUCGCAGCCACUGGAGAGGAAAGACAGCCAGAACAGCUCCCAGCACAGCGUCUCCAGCCACCGGAGCCUGCACACUGCAUCCCCGAGCCACGGCAUACAGGUGCUCCCUGAGUACCUACCUGCAGACGCCCCUGCUCCAGAUCAGACUGACAGCUCUGGGCAGAAAAAGCCAGAUCCUUUUAAAAUCUGGGCCCAGUCCAGGAGCAUGUAUGAAAACCGACCUAUGUCACCUUCGCCUGCAUCAGGAUUGAGCAAGGGUGAAAGAGACAGAGAAAUCAAUUCCACGAAUUUUGGAGAAUGUCAGAUUCCAGAUUACCAGGAACAGGACAUCUUCCUCUGGAGAAAAGAAACCGGAUUUGGAUUUAGGAUUCUGGGUGGAAAUGAACCAGGGGAACCCAUUUAUAUCGGUCACAUCGUACCGCUGGGUGCUGCUGACACAGACGGCCGCCUGAGGUCUGGAGAUGAAUUAAUCUGUGUGGAUGGGACACCAGUAAUUGGGAAAUCACACCAGCUCGUGGUCCAGCUUAUGCAACAAGCUGCCAAGCAAGGCCAUGUCAAUCUCACAGUGAGGCGGAAAGUGGUGUUUGCCGUCCCCAAAGCAGAGAAUGAGGUGCCCUCACCAGCCUCAUCACACCACAGUAGCAACCAGCCCGCGUCCCUGACGGAGGAGAAACGCACACCGCAAGGCAGCCAGAACUCUCUGAACACUGUGAGCUCCGGCAGCGGCAGCACCAGUGGCAUUGGCAGUGGUGGCGGCGGGGGCAGCGGUGUGGUGAGCGCUGUGCUACAGCCCUAUGAUGUGGAGAUUCGGCGUGGGGAGAACGAGGGCUUCGGGUUUGUCAUCGUGUCCUCUGUGAGCAGGCCCGAAGCGGGCACAACCUUCGGUCGAAUUAUUGAGGGGAGCCCUGCUGACCGCUGUGGCAAGCUGAAAGUAGGAGACCGGAUCUUGGCAGUAAAUGGAUGCUCCAUCACCAACAAAUCCCAUUCUGACAUUGUCAACCUAAUCAAAGAAGCGGGCAACACAGUGACUCUCCGCAUCAUCCCCGGGGAUGAGUCCUCAAAUGCCACGCUGCUGACUAAUGCUGAGAAGAUUGCCACCAUCACCACCACUCAUGCCCCCUCUCAGCAGGGGACCCAGGAAACAAGGACCACCACCAAACCAAAGCAGGAUUCUCAGUUUGAGUUCAAAGGACCACAGGCUGCACAGGAGCAAGAUUUCUACACUGUGGAAUUGGAAAGAGGGGCCAAGGGAUUUGGCUUUAGUCUUCGAGGGGGGCGAGAAUAUAACAUGGAUCUUUACGUUCUGCGCUUGGCAGAGGAUGGUCCUGCAGAAAGAUGUGGGAAGAUGAGGAUUGGCGAUGAAAUUCUAGAGAUCAAUGGUGAGACCACCAAAAACAUGAAACACUCUCGGGCCAUAGAACUGAUCAAGAAUGGCGGCCGCAGGGUCCGUCUGUUUCUGCGGCGGGGAGACGGCUCGGUCCCAGAAUAUGACCCCAGCAGCGACAGGAACGGCCCCUCCACCGGUGCACAAGGUGUUCCGGAAGUGAGGCCGGGGCCGCCAGACCACAGACCGCAUCCAGCCUUGGAGUCCAGUUACCCACCCGAUCUUCACAAAUCAUCACAACAUGCCGAAAAGCGAGCACACGCGAAGGAUCCAAAAGGCAACAGGGAGCACAGCAAACAACCCAACGAACAUCACACCUGGAAUGGAACUUCUAGAAAACCAGACAGUGGGGCAUGCCGGCCCAAAGACCGGCCACCCGACGCAUGGAGAGAGGCGCAGCCAGAGCGGACAGCCACCAAUGGCCCAAAGAGGAGGUCACCGGAGAAGCGCAGGGAAGGCACCCGCAGCGCUGACAACACUUUGGAGAGAAGGGAGAAGCAUGAGAAGAGAAGAGAGAUGUCUCCCGAGAGGAAGCGAGAACGUUCACCCACGCGGAGAAAAGACAGCUCCCCGAGCCGCCGGCGGAGGUCCCUCGAAAGACUCCUGGAUCAAAGACGGUCCCCAGAGCGCAGAAGAGGGGGCUCGCCCGAGAGGAGAGCCAAGUCCACCGACAGAAGGAGGGCCAGGUCCCCUGAGCGCAGGCGAGAGCGGUCACUGGACAAAAGGAACCGGGACGACAAGGUUGGCCACCGAGAAAGAGAGGAGGCUGGUCUGAAGCUGGAAGCAGGGAGAAGCCCCCGAAACCCCCCAGAGCAGAGAAGGCGGCCUUACAAAGAAUGUAGCACCGACCUCAGCAUCUGAGACUCAGCAUUGCAACCUUUACCGUGUCAAAGGUUCUAAGAGGAAGGUCGCAAAACGAAAUCAUUUAGUUUCUUACCUGAGGAAGCAUCUGACACCUGAUAGUCCUAAGAAUAGUAACGAACAUUUUAUGCAUCUGAAAUCUUAUAAGGAAAAAAUAUAUAUGAAAAGUCUUGUGCCUGGUGUAAAAUAUUAAAGAAAGUAUUUUUAAAUGCAUACUUUUUUUUUGAAAAUUAUUUGCCAAAAUACUGGCCCAAAGGGAUAUACAUUUUGUUUCUUCACAAGCUAUAGAGUUGUUCCUUCUUUGGGGCAAGCUCUUUCUCUCUUAGAUAAACAGGGCUGUUGGUCAUGUCCUAUAAGUAAAUGCAAUUAAAUUUCACUCAAUAGAAACUGUUCCGAAGUGAUGUAGUGCUGUACUGUAAACCCGUUUUCAGAAAAGCAGAACGCAAAAAGACAAACUUGUACAGACUGAGGAUCUUUUAGGAUGGAUUAGAGUGGCCAGUGAGCCUAAAAUUCAGCAAACUAUGUGACAAGAGUACUACUGCAAAUGAAGGAUAUUUAUGACUACAGUGUGCAGCACUAAGAGACCUUAUGAUCUUAAGUUAUAGUUGCUAUAGUCAAAGAAUGGUCUGUGCGCUCCCUGACCCAGGAAGGUGCAGAAACAGGGUUGGCUGCCAUUAACCAAACCCAGCCUUAGCUCAGAGGGUCAGGUUCAUCAGGCCCUGCCACAGAACGAAUACAUCUCACCUGCAGCAGUGCCCAUUGCAAAGCAUCAGCCUCCGGAUAGAACAGACAAGCUCCUUCUGGGUUGUCUGGUCCAGUCUGAAGCCGAGUAGAUCCGAAUAUAGGACCCCAUGCCUCUGGGAUGAGGGAGAUGUCUGUAAAUGUCUCCAACAUGGAAAGAGUCCCCUCCUCCAGGGUUUAGCAUAAGCCCCUGCUUGCCUUCUGCCCAGUGGGAGCAGAGGAAUGAACUGUGGUGGAGGAAACCUCUGUCAUGAUAUUUUAAAAGGAUAUUUUAAAAGGAUUGAGGCUGCAUAUUCCCAGAAUAGUUGAUCAUGCACUUUGAAACCAUAAUCCAAGUCCUAAGGAUUGAGUGAAACGUGAUGACACCAGUGGGUCUUGAUCUGUCUACUGGGAAAUGACCCUGUCCCUUGGGUUUGGGGACAGCAAAGGAAAGUGUAAUGGUUUUUCUUGCUAAAGUAGACCCAUUUUCUGAACCCUCAGAAGGUGUGGUUGUGUGGGCUGUAGCCCUGAGAAAUGGUUUAAGUGGAUUACUGCCUAGCUGAGCCAAAGUGUUUGCUUGUACCUGUAGGACCACUACAGCAAACCCUGCUGACAGAGCAUUUGUAUUUCUGUAGUACAGGGUUGGGGUUUUUUGGGUUUUUUUUGUUUUUUUGUUUUGUUUUGUUUUUUCAUUUUCCCUUCAGACACAAAACUUUUCAAGUCAAUCACUGUUGUUCCUGUGGUACUGUAAUAAGGGAGAGGGCAAAAAAAGAGAAAACAAAAACAAAAAAAUAGAAAAGAAAAUCCAGCCUAUCAUUGUAUGUAGAGUUUAAAAUUGUAAUUAAUAGAGCCUGUUUAAAAAAAAAAUAAAACAACUGUUGCCUUUUUUUUGUAUAAAAGAGAAUUUAUGACAGAAGUCUAGCUGUGGGGAACGUGACGUGUGUCUAUAUUUCUGAAUAUGAACAGAUUGAUUCUUGGGGAUAUACUUUAUUGUAAACUAAAUCAGGUAUGUAAAGUUGUUUUAAAAUUAUAUAAGUAAUCGCUACAGCUUUAGUUUGUUGGGGCUAUUGUUUCCCCACAGAGAGACUGCUCAUGAAUAAUCAAGCAUUCAUUUGCAUUCUCUGUUCUUCAUUUAUUUCUUGCUUAACACACUCUCUGGGUUGAUGAAAAGCAAUGUGUGGGCCAACCUUUUUAUAAGACACUAUGCACAUAUAAAUAUUACAUUGUUCAUAGCUUUAUUUGACUUAGGGUUUAUAUAUAACAUUACACCAAGUAGUUCUAGUUAUAUGGACAUUUCUCCAAAUUCUCUGAAUCAAACACAAUAUACAUGUUAUAGCUAAAGAGGGCAGGGAGUCUGUGACUGCUACUUCUACUAUUGGAGUUUUCCCUACAAAUCAUACAUUGGCAAUAGUAUUAGGCUGAGGAAGACUCCUGCUGCGUGGUGAUGUUUAUUUUAUCCAAUUUCCUGAGAGCCAGCAUGGAGGUUGCUCUUGACGUUCUAUAGCUAGGAUUUUUCUCACUAGUUCUAGCACAGCCCAUGAUGUUAACUCAUGGAUUCAUUCCCUUGAUCAUGGUCUAUGGGUUUUAAACAAGUUUUAAAAAAAAAAAAAAAUCAAGGUUGGUUUUUUAUUUUUGGGAAUGAACAUCAUGAUAUGUGUCUCAGUUUAAGAAAUGGUAUAGGGCAUUUAAAGUCAGUGCCGAGCCCGGCUCGGUAUCUGAGGACUUCUGCUGUGACAAUUUCACCUUAAAUUCCAUACAUCAGAUUUGAGUUGAAAGUACUGCACUGUACGGGAAACUACAUGUGCUAAGCCGAAACCUAGAUGUCUCUUCAAUCUACUGUAGCCUAUAUUGGAGACUGAUUCUUGUGAGCCUACUUCCCUAACCUUUCACUUCCCAUAAGAGUGCUGAUGAGGGGUGAGUCUUCUGUAUGAUUAAAUCAAAACAGUUUAAGACUCCCCAGCCCCCAUGACACAACCUGAAAGGAUGUUCAGGGGUCGGGGGAGUCAAUAGCCUACUUGUAUUUUUUAAGUUUCUUUUGUGAAAGAUUUUUUAAUGCAUUUUUACUGUAAAAAUACAUGGAAGUGUAUGCAUUCCAUAACCACUGUUGCUUCUGGAUUGGUAUCUUCUUCGUCUCCAUGUGGUCUCAAGUGUAUCAAGGUCAAGUAACUACCGAGGGUCCCACGACUGCAACUCUUGAAGUAUCUAUCUCUGAUGAUGAAAGGGGUUCUUCACUAUGGAGAAGUGCCUUGCUAUUCAAAAUGUAGCACAUGACCUAGCUGCCUUAUGAUUAUCAGGGGGGUUUAUUAGAAGUGUAAAACCUCAGACCCUGCUCCAGACUUCCAUAAUCAAGCCAUGCACUUAGCAAGAUCCUCUGCUAAUUUGUAUGUACACGAACUAUAGUCGCAGACACCUAGUAAUAGCAACUUCCUCAAAGCCAAGAGUCAAGUCACUUAAGGAUGUGCUACCUGGCCAGGAGGCUUCCUUAGUCUCUUGAAGCCUCCCCUUCCUCAUCUCUGAAGGAGCAUACCCCACAGAGUUAUAGGUCAGAAUAAGUGCAAAGUGCUCAGAGCUUACCUGGCAGACAGAUCCUGAGCGNGUGACAGUCCCUGCAGUUAGCACUUCCCUUAGUUAUAAAACCAGCAAGCCAUGCAGUUGUACUGGGGACAGAUGGGAUUGAAAUNUGUAGCCAGAAUGCUAUGUUUUGAGAUAAAAAUUGGGUCUCAGCAUAACAUGGGGGUAAAUACAUAGGUGGAGUCANGUGUACUCCCAAGUCAUACAGGAAGUCAUCUGAGCUGACCAUGGAGCUUCAACAAUCCAGUUUCCUUCUAUUUUCAGUGUGUUUGACAUGGUGACUGGCAUUUUUUCCUAAGGAGCCUAAGAACCUGAAGAUUCAAAGAGGGCAUUGUGUAGACUAGUAAGCUUGCCACAGCCUGGCUCUGUUUGCUGCGUUAUGCUUUAUUUUAUCACCAACAUGGUAAUUACGAACAUUGCCUCUUUAGUAUCUCUUUUGUUGAAGAUGGUAUCUAGCACAGGCCCCCAGCGUAACCCAACAAUUGAAGCUAUUUGUAAAGCCUUUGUGUCCAAAAGUUCUUUACCAGCACUGAAAGAAUGUCCUGAAACUCAGUUACUGCUAUCAGGACUUUCCNGCUGGUGCCCAAGCUGAGUCUACUUCUGAUGUUCCGAAUUAAUCUUGAAAGGAAUAGCCCUUUCAGAUUCUGUGAUUAUGAGACAACACAAUCAGCGUGAGCNUUCGGUACAAUCAGCNGGGAGUGCUUUUACAAUAGAGACCAUAAGCUCCAAGGAGGGGAGAAUAAAAGCUCCCACCAUAAUUAUUUGGUGUAUGUUUCACAGCNAUGGGCCUAACANGAGCCAUUUUGACAAGCUUCUAUGUACUGAGGUCAUCAACAAGGGACCCAAAAGGUAUAGUAGGAUUUAAUUAGUGCAGGCUUUACUUGUUGGCUGGAUUCAAAGCACGUAGGAGUUCAGUCAGAUGUUGCAUUAGAACAUGUUCUUUAGCNCAGCAUAUGAUGGCCUAACAUUUA